CCCUUUGGGCGUGCGCAGAAUCCAACUGUAAGUGAAGUCCAAAAACGUACAAGUGCUUGAGCGCAUGCGCAACACAAAGGCGUUGCCAACCAAGCGAAAACCACCAGUGGGUGGAACCAAAGAUGCUCUGGUGUGGGUCGAAGAACCAACCACUGGAGGGAGAAGAGCGGAAAAAAGUGAAACUCCACCCUCCACCUCUGCCUCCCGCCCCCGGGGCCAAAGUACAAAGGGAGGAGGAAGAAGGGAACGGGGGUUGGAGCCAUCGGGCCGAGGGAGCUGGGCCAGGAAGGGGCAGCUUGGCCCUACUAGGGACACUCCAGCCACCCCUGCGCGAAAAGACCCACCCGGAGCCCGGGCGCUGCCCCUUGCCGGCUCCACCUUACAUUUGGCGGUUGCUGGAACCAAGCUCCCAGGACUGCUCUAGGACUGAGGGACGCCUGGGCCCUUCUGAGCUGGCAAUGGUGAGACGCCCGAGACCCCGGGGUCCCACCCCCCGAGACUGACCACACUGCCCUGGGUGGCCCUCCUCAAAAAGCCCAAGAUGCGGCGGGCCAGGAGGAGACACGCCUGGCUCCCCAGAGAGGCGUGGGUCUGGGGCUGAGGGCCAAGGCCCGGAUGCCCAGGUUCCGGGACUAGGGCCUCGGCAGCCAGCAGGGGUGGAGACCAGGGGCACCCAGGGAAGGUCCCCCACACGCCCCAACGCCGGCUCCCAGCCAUGGAGCCCUUGAAGAACCUCUUCCUCAAGAGCCCACUGGGGUCAUGGAACGGCGGGGGCAGCGGGGGCACCGGUGGAGGCUGGCCAGAGGGGUCCCCGAAAGCAGCGGCUUACGCCAACCCUGUGUGGACAGCCUUGUUCGACUACGAGCCCAAUGGGCAGGAUGAGCUGCCCCUGCGGAAGGGUGACCGUGUGGAGGUGCUAUCCCGGGAUGCAGCUAUCUCAGGCGAUGAGGGCUGGUGGGCGGGCCAGGUAGGCGGCCAGGUAGGCAUCUUUCCGUCCAACUAUGUGUCUCGGGGCGGCCCGCCCCCCUGCGAGGUGGCCAGCUUCCAGGAGCUGCGGCUGGAGGAGGUGAUCGGCAUUGGUGGCUUCGGCAAGGUCUACCGUGGAAGCUGGCGAGGUGAGCUGGUAGCUGUGAAGGCAGCUCGACAGGACCCUGAUGAGGACAUCAGUGUGACAGCUGAGAGUGUGCGCCAGGAAGCCCGGCUUUUCGCCAUGCUGGCACACCCCAACAUCAUUGCCCUCAAGGCUGUGUGCCUCGAGGAGCCCAACCUGUGCCUGGUGAUGGAGUACGCAGCUGGCGGGCCGCUCAGCCGGGCCCUGGCUGGGCGGCGUGUACCCCCCCACGUGCUGGUCAACUGGGCCGUGCAGAUUGCCCGUGGGAUGCACUACCUGCACUGUGAGGCCCUGGUGCCCGUCAUCCAUCGAGACCUCAAGUCCAACAACAUACUGCUGCUGCAGCCCAUCGAGGGUGAUGACAUGGAGCACAAGACCCUGAAGAUCACCGACUUCGGCCUGGCCCGCGAGUGGCACAAAACCACACAAAUGAGUGCUGCGGGCACCUAUGCCUGGAUGGCUCCUGAGGUCAUCAAGGCCUCCACCUUCUCUAAGGGCAGCGAUGUCUGGAGCUUUGGGGUGCUGCUGUGGGAAUUGCUGACUGGGGAGGUGCCCUACCGUGGCAUCGACUGCCUUGCUGUGGCCUACGGAGUGGCUGUGAACAAACUCACACUGCCCAUCCCAUCCACCUGCCCCGAGCCCUUCGCACAGCUCAUGGCCGAUUGCUGGGCGCAGGACCCCCAUCGCAGGCCCGAUUUCGCCUCCAUCCUGCAGCAGUUGGAGGCGCUAGAGGCGCAAGUCCUGCGGGAAAUGCCGCGGGAUUCCUUCCAUUCCAUGCAGGAAGGCUGGAAGCGUGAGAUCCAGGGCCUUUUCGACGAGCUGCGGGCGAAGGAAAAGGAACUACUGAGCCGCGAGGAGGAGCUGACCCGCGCAGCGCGUGAGCAGCGGUCACAGGCAGAGCAGCUGCGGCGGCGCGAGCACCUGCUGGCUCAGUGGGAGCUGGAGGUGUUCGAGCGCGAGCUGACGCUGCUGUUGCAGCAGGUGGACCGCGAGCGGCCGCACGUGCGCCGCCGCCGCGGCACCUUCAAGCGCAGCAAGCUCCGAGCGCGCGACGGAGGCGAGCGCAUCAGCAUGCCGCUCGACUUCAAACACCGCAUCACUGUGCAGGCCUCGCCCGGCCUGGACCGGAGGAGAAACGUCUUUGAGGUCGGAGCUGGGGACUCGCCCACCUUUCCCCGGUUUCGGGCUAUCCAGUUGGAGCCUGCGGAACCUGGCCAGGCAUGGGGCCGCCAGUCCCCCCGGCGUCAGGAGGACUCGAGCAAUGGAGAGCGCCGAGCGUGCUGGGCCUGGGGCCCCAGUUCCCCCAAGCCCGGGGAAGCCCAGAAUGGGAGGAGAAGGUCCCGCAUGGACGAAGCCACCUGGUACCUGGAUUCAGAUGACUCAUCCCCCUUAGGAUCUCCUUCCACGCCCCCGACGCUCAAUGGGAACCCUCCACGGCCGAGCCAGGAGCCGGAGGAGCCACGGCGGCCUGCCCCAGCCCCGGCGGAGCGCAGCAGCGGCUCCGGGACUCCCAAGCUGAUCCAGCGCGCGCUGCUGCGUGGCACGGCCCUGCUCGCCUCGCUGGGCCUUGGCCGUGACCUGCAGCCCCCCGGGGGCCCGAGCCGAGAUCGAGGGGAGGCCCCACAAAUGCCCUCCGCACCGCAGCCCACAGCGUCUCCGGUCCAGCCCCCCUCCCCGCUCCCCUCCCGGCUCGCCCGCUUCUCCUCCAAGACGUCCAGCACCCCCAGCUCCCGGCUGAGCCCCAGCCCAUCCAGCCCCGCGCCCCUGCUGCUGGACCUGGGCAUCCCAGCAGGCCAGCCAUCAGCCAAGAGCCCCCGGCGCGAGGAAGAGCGGCGUGGAAGCACCGUCUCCCCGCCUCCAGGGAUAUCGCGCUCCGCCCCGGGCACCCCGGGCACCCCGCGCUCGCCGCCCCUGGGCCUCAUCAGCCGACCUCGGCCCUCGCCCCUUCGCAGCCGCAUCGACCCGUGGAGCUUCGUGUCCGCCGGGCCACGGCCUUCGCCCCUGCCCUCGCCACAGCCUGCGCCCCGCCGGGCACCCUGGACCUUGUUCCCAGACUCAGACCCCUUCUGGGACUCUCCGCCUGCCAACCCCUUCCGGGGCGGGCCUCAGGACUGCAGGGCCCAGACCAAAGACAUGGGUGCCCAGGCCCCGUGGGUGCCGGAGGCGGGGCCGUGAGCGGGCCGAGCUGCCCCCCGAGCUCCAGCUGUCCUGGAGGAGCCACAGCAUACACUGGAACGGGAGCCAGGCGAGCCUCCGUACUGCCUCGGUUUCCCCCCAGGGACCCCGCCCCCUCUGGGGGUCAGGAACACUACACUGCACAGGAAGCCUUCACACUGGAUGGGGGGCCUGCACCCCCACAUACCUGCAACCUGUGGGUCCCCCAGCUUACCUGCCCCACUGGGGCCUGACACUGUACCCGGCCGGUUGGGAGAACCACAGGCUGUCUCAGGGAAUUGCCCCCCGGGGUAGUGCAGGAAGGAGGGGAGGCGGGGAGGCGCGAGGGAGAGGGGCUGCCUCGGCUGUCACCAGCACUUCUGACCAAGUCCUGCUACUGUGGCCCCUGCCCCAGGGCUUAGUGCCUGGACCCCCCGCCCCGGGGGUCAUCUGGGGCCGGGGUUCUCUGGGUGCCUUUCUGCUGCCCCGGCCAGGUCUGGGGCCUUGGCCUCGGGAUCCAAUGAAGCCAAAUAAACUCCCCAAGCUGUCUCC